UCAACGGUUGAUGGGGCUUGUGCCCCUACUUUUAUAUUGCACUGGCUCCCACCUCCUUCAACAUAAUUCCACCAAAUUCCGAAGAUGUCCCAGAAAUUGAACGCCAACAGCAUGAUGUGGGACGAAGAGGAGGACGACUUAACGGAAGAUUCGAAAACCGCUAAUUCAAGUAGAAGCGACGAUAAGGGCCGCUUACUAAGUAAAGAAAACCAUUGCGAAAUCGAAAGGAGACGUCGCAACAAGAUGACAGCGUAUUUAUCCGAAUUAUCCGACAUGGUACCCACUUGCAAUACCCUGGCAAGAAAACCGGAUAAAUUAACCAUUUUAAGAAUGGCCGUUGCGCAUAUUAAAAAUCUCCGAUCCGGUGGGGGAACUCGAAAUCCGGAACCAGCAUUUAAACCUUCGUUUCUCUCCGAUGACGAAUUGAAGCAUUUAAUUCUUGAGGCUGCGGAUGGAUUUCUUUUUGUUGUUAAUUGUGACAGUGGAGUGAUUAGUUACGUGUCCGAUUCGGUUGGAAUCGUGUUGAAUUGUUUACUAAGUGAUUGGGAAGGGGCCAGCAUUUACGAUAGAAUUCAUCCCGAUGAUAUUGAAAAGGUUAGAGAGCAAUUAAUGAUCGAAUCGAGAAAUUUAAGAGUUUUGGAUAUGAAAUCGGGUACGGUCAAAAAAGAUUUAGGCGGCGAAAAUCGCGUUGGAAUCGGUUUAAAACGAGGUUUCAUCUGCCGCAUGAGAUUCGGUAGAAAUCAAGAUCAAUCCAAAUCGAGAUCGAUACAAAGAAGCAGCUUGAAUUUAAACGAUCAAAAUUACGCGGUAAUUCAUUGUACCGGUUACAUUAAGAGUUGGGCGAACGAAAAUUUUCAUUUAACCACAUCUUCGGGUCCUUCUUUGAUAGCUAUAGGAAGGUUACAAAUUACAACGACUUCUUUUAAUCACGUCGCAAAUUUAUCGGAAUUUAUUACGCGGAUUAAUAUUGAGGGAAAUUUCACUUUUAUCGAUCAAAGGGUUACGGAAAUUUUGGGCUACAUUCCAAUCGAUUUGUUGGGUAAUAAUUGUUUCAAAUUUAUUCACGCAGAAGACGAAGGCCAUUUAAAAGAAAGUUUAAAACAAAUUUUAACGUUGAAAGGUCAGAUUUUAUCCGUAAUGGCAAGAUUCCGUUCAAAAACGAACGAUUGGGUUAUGUUAAGAAUAUCGGCUUACGCCUUUUUGAAUCCUUAUUCGGAUCAAGUUGAGUAUAUCGUUUGCACGAAUACGAUUAUUAAAAGCAACCCGAUAACUAAUUAUCAAGAAGCACCACCGCAACAACCACAAACGUAUCCGGAACAAUUCAUACCAUCGCAAUCAUUUACCAGUAACACACCGCAAACUUAUAAUGUUGAGGAAUCACCAUCAAAUUUAUACAAUAAUGUAGCAGCACCAAAUCCCACGGGGGAAAAUGUUUCUUGGAAUGCGCAACAUGAAAAUGUUAUUGCCGAAACAUAUCAACACUACGAAAAUGGACAAACUCACGCGGAUAAUAAUUGGAUGUGGAAUUCUGAGAUGAAAAAUUCUCAAAGAUUGGGAGCGCAACCCCAUGAGGAGAUUGUACCGGAAAUGAUGAACUUGUUGUGCCCUGAAGGGCAAGUACAUCAAUAUGAAAGCUAUUAAAAAUAAAUCUCGAUAAUUUAAAAAUAGAAAUAAUCUAAACUUUGAUUGUAAUUGAAAAAGGUAGAUUGUAAUCUGUGUAGUAGAUGAUUGAAAAUAAAUUAUUAUUUUUUAUUUAAA